AUGCAACAGUUUAUGUCACAGCCUACCCUACCCGGCAAGGAGGAGAAGAAAGAAACAGUUGUUGCAUCAGUUAAAGAGAACGCUAUGGAUGAGGAACCUUUCAUAUAUGCUACUAAGCAGGAGGCAAAAAAGGCAUUUAAAACACUAUUAGAGUAUGCAAAUGUGGGGGCGGAUUGGAGCUGGGAAAAGGCUAUGGAGGUAAUAGUUAAUGACAUAAGAUAUGAUGCUCUGAAAACACUUGGUAAAAGAAAGCAAGCAUUCAAUGAGUACAUAAUGCAAAGGAAAAAGAUGGAGGAUGAGAAGAGACGUCUCGUGCAAAGAAAAUCUAUGGAGGCGUUUAUGAAAAUGUUGGAAGAAUCUCAAGAACUCACAGCAUCUACAUGUUGGAGUCUAACUUAUAAUGCAACAACCAGCAAAGCAUUGACAAUGUUCGGAGAUGAUAAACGGCUCAAGACACUUGACCUAGACGCGGUCCGUCAGGAUCUCUUUAGAAACUAUUUGAUGGACAUUCAGAAUAGGAUGAGGUCUUCAAGCAGUGACGAAGAGUAUGCAAGAAUUCUUGAUGAUGCUGUUUAUCACUUGGAUCUUCAGAGGUUGAAUCUGAGGAUUGCUAAAUAUGAAAUGGCUCGAUUACGCGACAAAGGUUUCGAGGAGUUGGUUUGUCACAGGAAAAAACUUUAUCUGGUCCUUGGUUUAGAUGGCAUACUAAUGAAUGCAAUUAAACUCACCAAUAUUAAAGAGGAAGAAACAUACUUAAUCAACCAAAAAGAAUCCCUGCCAGGUGAUAGAGCGGUUGGUCCGAGUCAAUUGGAUAUGCCUCAAGGUCAAGGUCAAGGUCAACCACCUCAACAUUCUCAACCAAUGCAACGGUUCAUGACGCAACCUACCCUACCUGGCAAGAAGGGGGACAAAGAAAUUGUUGUUGCACCAGAUGAAGAGAAAACUGUGGAUGAUAAACAUUUCAUAUAUGCUACAAAGCUGGAGGCGAAAAAUGCAUUUAAAUCACUACUAGAGUCUGCAAAUGUGGGGACGGACUGGAGCUGGGACAAGGCUAUGAGGGUGAUAAUUAAUGACAAAAGAUAUGGUGCUCUGAAAACACUUGGUAAAAGAAAGCAAGUAUUCAAUGAGUACUUAAUGCAAAGAAAAAAGAUAGAGGCGGAGAAGAUACGUCUCAUGCAGAGAAAAACAAUGGAGGUGUUUAUGAAGAUGUUGGAAGAAUCUCAAGAACUCACAGCAUCUACAUAUUGGAGCAAAGCAUUGACAAUGUUUGGAGAUGAUAAACGGUUCAAGGCUCUUGACCUAGAUGCGGACGGUCAGGAUCAAUUAAGAAACUAUUUGGUGUAUCUUCAGAAGAAGAUGAGGUCUUCAAGCAGUGAUGAAGAGACUGCAAGAAUUCUUGAUGAUGCUGUUUAUCACUUGGAUCUUCAGAGCGUUAAACUUAAGAUGGAGAAGAUGAAGUUAGACUUAGACUUAGACUUAGAGAAUGAGAAAAUAUGCACACAUCCUGGUUCUAUACAUGAAUUUUGCAUCAAAUGUGGGCUACAUGUACAAGAUGAUUCUGCCAUUCCGCUUAAAUACAUUCAUAAGAAUUUGAGGAUCGCUAAAGACGAAAUGACUAGAUUACGUGACAAAGGUUUCGAGGAUUUGAUAUGGAGAGAGAAAGUGGAGAAUGUGAUACGAAUAGAUCAAUAUUACUUUUUUGCCUCAAGAUGUCCUGAUAGCCACACUCAAAGAAAAACCGAUGAAAGUGAGAGUAAGGGGCCUCUGGCCAAUGUUUUAAAGGUGCUCCAACAAGUACACACCUUGUUCUUUGACAAGAAACGCAAGGAUAAUAUAGAGGAUCGAGAUGUGAGACAGGCAAGUCUUUGCUCUACGUUUUAG